AUGAGCGCAGCCCCGGGCACCUCCCGCGCCCCCCAGCCGCUGCUCCGCUUCCCCGACGGAUCGGGUGGGUCGGGCGAGAGUCGGACAGCGGUGGGGCGGGGGGGCCGCAGCCCGGGGCCGUGCCCCUGCUCGGGGGGGCCGCGGAAGCGGCGACGGACCACGUUCAGCCGGGGGCAGCUGUCGGAGCUGGAACGGGCCUUUGCCGCUGUGCCCUACCCAGACAUCGCCACCCGGGAACGCCUGGCUGAGCUCACCCAGCUGCCCGAGGCCAAGAUCCAGGUCUGGUUCCAGAACCGCCGCGCCCGCCGGAUCCGCAACACCAAAUCGGAGCUGUCUCAGCUACCACCGCUGCCCCCAGCCGGGGAGCGAGGUCCCCCCGCGGCAUCCCCCGACGGCACCAGCCCGGGUCCGGCCCCUGCCCUGCCUCCGCCGGGAGCCCGCAGCCCGUCUCGAGGCCUCCACACUUCUCUAGGCUCCAUCUCUGACCUAAUCUACAGCGCGGCCAUCACCAACCUGGGCGAGCCGUAGCUGUGGCGGGGAACCCCCAGCAUCGGGGACGACCCCCAGCACCAAGACACCCCUCCCCGCAGUGCCACGAUUUCAUUAGGGUGUGGAAUUGCUGCCGGCCCCGGAGGUCCCCAGGAUGUCAUCCAAUAUCCUAAACGCCGGUGCGGCCGCGGCGGGGCCAGCUCCCCAUCAGCUCCCUAAUGCCAACUAAUCUUUUGGAAACAAUACCUUAAUCUGAGGCCGUAUCCGCGGAUGAUUGUGGCGCAGCCGCCCCUAAUCCGCAGGCACGUUCGCAGGUGCCGGCAGAGCUCCCCGUAUCGGAUAUUAAACCGUGUUUGCAGAGGG